UGUGUUCAUCACGUUGUGACAAGCUACGAUAUGGUUAUGAACAGAGAAUACUCUUUUUUCUGAAAGAGAGAGAGAGGGAAAAAAAAGCAGGGCCAUUUUUGUUUCUGAUGGAGUUUUAUUGCAGCAGUUAUGUGCACGUUAGAAACACUUUGCUGCGCGUUUGGCAACACGAUUAGACUCGGUGUACAUAAAAAUACUGAAAAUCGUUUUACCAAAAGGAACUCUACUUUCAACACUAAGAACCGACCAGUAUCAUCUCUGAGGAAUUACCUAAGUAUUAACUAUGUUACGAGACCGGGACUACACACAGGAUCCAAACACAAUAUUCCAUAUGCUCUAGACAAGUUUUGGGGAGUCGUCUUACCGUAGAUGUAUGAGUUUACCAGAGAUACAUAUAUAACGAGUUGUUGUUGGAUGUUGAGAAUUUCCAUGGAUACAAUACGCUGAUGUUACAUGAGUACUGCCUGGUAGCAUUGUCUAACUGGAGUUUUUCCCCACAAGUCCCGGCGUGCCUCGAAUCCCCCAUUCUAUACAUGACAAAAAUACCAAUGCGUUAACAUAACACGCUGGCAGGAGGUCGUUAGGGGAGCUAAUUUUUACUGACAAUUGCAGCAUAACUACUUAUGAUAUUUGUGCUAACUACAAUACCCCAUGUGGAGCCCCCACGGGCUACAGAGACUUGGGGUAGAAUAUAUAUGUUGUAAAAAAGACUAGUUUCUCCAUUUCUGUUUGGGAGACGCUGGGUAACGCACGUGAGGCUGUUAUACUUGUGUGGGACAGAACGGAAAUUCGACCUAUAAAUAUAUACAGCGUGAUUAUACCAGCAUUAGGAGCGACAAGUCUUCUACAUGAAAACUGUUCCAAGAUAUGACAAUACAAAAAUGAUAUUGUGGAGUAUACAGGUGCAUUCGUUUUGAUCGUCAUUUGGCGCGUUCGAUACCGGUUAAUCAUAACAUAGUGGUUGUGAUAGGUAACCAAUGUAUACAAAAAGCCAAACAGCACUCCUAUUGGACUUCUAAAAAGAGAAGAUUAUGGAUACCUGAAAUGAAAAGCGUGUUCGAUAACUCUCGUCUACAAGGGAGUGGAAAUAUACUUCUGACGUCACUUGAAUCAUUCCGCUCGCCUUAGUACUCGUGAAUGAUGUUUUAUUAUUGUAAUAUAACAAAGCGUAACUUCACUGACUCGUUAGUGUUAUAAAUCACUUGGGAUCGCAGAACAUAUUCAUGAUUGAUGACAAAUUUUGAUUCUAUUACAGUGUCAACUUUGGAUGUAUAAUUUCUUGGAAACUGUGUACACUUUAUACGCCAACAAAAACCGGACGUCCGAAGAGAGGGGAUAAUGUUUCUGAGUUUGGAAUUUUAAUGUAUCAACACACGACGCUCUCAGAUGAAAUACAGACAUUGCUGUGAUAUCUGGACACCAGAAGGAAAGCAGUAGUGAGUAUCGGCCUUGUUUGUGUGUGCCCAUCACAGGAUUUCCAUUAAAGGAGGUAAAACUACUACUGAAUGGACCGGAAGUUCUACAACAACGAAAGAAGUUCCAGUUAUGAAAUGAAAAACAAUGCUAACAAAGAACAGUUGCAUGUAACGAUCAUCAAACCCGUGUCAAAGUAGAAUAGACCACUGACCAGUGUGCGUUUGAUGUUUUUCAAGGAAUGCUAAAUACAACGCCGGAAGUGAACUGUUCUGUCCUAUUGGAGGGCAAACAGGGUCCCCCGCCAUUCUAUUCGGUGGAAGUUCGGGCUGUGCUCGGUCUAAUUCUGACGUUAUUUCCUGUGCUUACGUUUUUCGGAAACACGCUUGUGAUAGUAGCUGUGUUCACGCAUAAACGCUUGCGCACCAUCACAAAUGUGUUCGUGGUGUCUCUAGCGCUUGCCGACUGCAUGGUGGCACUGUCGGUGAUGCCGUUCGGAGUAUAUCAACAGCUUAGUAAUAAGUCAUGGGCGCUUGGUCACACACUUUGUCUGGUAUCGACGAGUUUAGACGUUAUGUUUACAACGACAUCCAUCAUACAUCUGUCAUGUCUCGCCAUCGACAGAUACCUUGCCAUUUGUCGUCCAUUUCUCCAUGAACGACUUAACAAUUCAGUGAUCGCUGGCAUGGUCGUAUGCUGUUGGUUCACGCCCAUUUUGAUAUCAUUUGUUCCAAUAAUGAACGAAUGGAACCUGUUUGGAAUCGAAGAUUUGUACCAUUGUAUGUUUCCGGAUGAUUCGACUUGUAGUUUCAUGGUGAACACCGCUUUCGCCGUUGUAUGUUCUACCAUAGCGUUUUACCUCCCGACUAUUUUUAUGAUUGUGUGCAACGUAAGAAUAUAUAUAGCAGCAGAAAAACAAGCAAAACAUAUCCGUAGUUUAGAACUUAACUUGCACAAGCAUCACACCGGGAAAUUGAAACGGGAGACAAAAGCUGCGAAAACGAUCUCGAUCAUUAUGGGAUGUUUCUGUGUGUGCUGGUUUCCGUUUUUCAUCCUCAAUAUCAUUGAUCCAAUGAUUGGCUACACAAUUCCGUACAUCCCCUGGACAGUGGCCUUGUGGCUAGGGUAUCUCAACUCCAUGCUCAAUCCCUUUCUCUAUUACAACUUUAACAGGGGGUUCAGAAUGGCGUUCAGGAGGCUGCUCACAUUCAAAGUGUGUCGAGGUGUGAGUGAGUUUGAGGACGAAUACGUCAGUGUGGCAAACCUAUCGACGGAAGUGACGCACAAUGGCCACAGUCCGGCAAACACUGAGGUUUCGAACCCUAUGUCCACAGAACUAUCAGAUCUUAGCACUUAAUUACGGAUUAGUGUAGAAAAAUGUAUAUGCUCUCAUUAUAUUUAAUACUUACAAAUUAACAAAUUUGAUUAACAUUGUUAUGUGAUGUUCGCUAUUUUUAUGCCAUUCUUGCUUAUUUUUUUUAAAGAUGUACACAUUUUAAUAAACUCGCAAAUAGGCAGGGUGUCUCCUAUCCUGGUGCAUUUUGCGUAUUUUACGGAUGAAAGUA